GCUUGCUUCCCUUCGGCGGAGGACGUAGUCCCCCACCUGAAAUUCCCGGGAACGUACCUUGGCGUCAUAGUAUGACUUUACUUGACGCCGGUAGUUCUCUGCUCGGACGUAAGCUUGCUCACGCCUCUCAUCGACCAGGUGCAGGUCAAUCUUCAUGUUUUCUUCGUUGGCGUCAGGCUCGUAUUGUUCCACCCGUCGGCUGGGGAUGGCAACUUCUGUGGGCGCCUUUGCCUCAAAGCCGUAGCAUAGGGCGAAAGGCGUUUCACCUGUCGCCCUCCUCGGCGUGGUUCUGUAGCACCACAGGAUGUUGGGGAGCUCGUCGACCCAACUACCUCCUGCGGCCUGGAGCUUCUUCUUCAGCCCCUCCAUGAUUGUUCUGUUUGCGUUCUCGACAUGCCCGUUGCCCUGAGGGUAGGCAACGGAGGGGAAACGAUGAUUCACCCCAAACUCCCGGAGGAGCUCCUGGAAAGGGGCUGCCUCGAAUUGGGUGCCGUUGUCUGAUAUAAUCUCCUGGGGGACGCCGAAGCGUGUGAUGAUGUUCUUGUAAACAAAUUUUUGGCAUCUGGCCCCCGUGAUGCUGGCCAGGGGUUCCGCCUCGACCCACUUGGUGAAGUAGUCGACGACGACGAUGAUGUAGCGGUUAUUCCCGGCGGCUCUGGGCAGGGGGCCGACCAGGUCAAUCCCCCAUCUAGAGAAUGGAAUUGCGGUGCUGACGGGGGCGUAGUUGACGGCUGGCCGACCAGGGGCCUUCUGGAGCACCUGGCACGUGGUACACUUCCUGGCCAGGUCCGCACAGUCUCGCGACAUCGUCGGCCAGAAGAAGCCCUGGACGACGAGACGUCGGGACAUGCUGAAGGGGCCCUGGUGCGAGGAGCAGACGCCACAAUGAACUUCUUCCAUGGCCAGGUCGGCCUCCUCCUGGUGCAGGCAUCGGAGGAGAGUGCCAUUAUAGGAUCGUUUGUAGAGUUUGUCAUCUUCAAUGGUGUAGCGACAGUGCGUUGACUUUCAGAUUCCUCCAAAUCCGCUCGUUCAAAUUGAAUUCUGAGACUUGUAUUGGAACCAUCUGACCAAGACGAAGCUAUUGCUACCGGUUUCAUCAAGUUUGGUUAAGAUUUUAAAUUUUCCCCAAUUUCUUGGACACUGUAGCUUGGAACGCAGUUCAGUCUACUGUUUGAAUUUUUUCUGAGUUCUUCACUGGUCUGGUUGGUUUGCUAUCUGUUUUACUGUGUUCGCUACUACUUGGUGAGUAUCUAGGACUUUUUUCAGAAUUUUCUGGGAAGUUCCCAUUUGCUUGGUACUGUUCAUCUUUUCUAGACUUCCUGGAAGAUUGCUACAGUACACCUGAUACUAAUUACACCUGCGUACUGCAUUCCAUACUUUGCUUGUGAUUAAUUUAACAUUUCCAGGCGAGUAACUAUACCGGGAAGUAGCACUUUUAGUUUUCUUGGUUUCUUUGCUACCUUUUCUAGGGUAUUGCAUCCUGUGCUUGGCUUUUGUCUGUUCUAACACUACCAGGUUGUUCAACAUACUGAGGAGGACAUCCCAGAAUUUUUUGGGAAUUUUUGGAACACUUCCAAAAUUUUCGGACUUUCUGACUGCUACCGUAACCAGAACUAAUUAGGAUUUUUUCCUGACUUCUGUGCUACUGCGGUGCUACAACUGAAUAUAUCUGGGGGUUUACUAUACUUUGGGCUACCUCUCAUAGUUUUUUGAGAAUUUUUUGGGACACUUUACCUAAGGUGUGAAUUCUUAAGGGUGUUCCCAGGUCUUUGGUGUUUUCUAUUGCUUGUACUAACCUCGCAUGUAACACCGACCCGAGCAUAUUUACUUUUAGUAAAUUAUGUAAUAAACCUUGAAAGAUGAUUUAUGAAUUUGCUUAAUUGUUAAAUUUCAUCAAUCCUUUUACGUGAAUAGUAAAUUGCAUGUGGGGCCCACAGCGGGAACGUGGACCGCCCGAUAAUUCCCGAACCACAUAUUAUAUUCAUCUUGGUCUAGAUGACACCUAUAUGGGGGUGGAUAUUCUAUUGGGCCAUAAGAAAGGCAUGGAGUUGACCGGUUGGUCAAACGGGGCCCAAUUACCGGUAUUGGCAAUUUAACGGAUAACACCCCGAAAUGAGUUUCGGAGACCCCUAAAUUAAUGUUGGGGAAUAUACAUCUAUUCUAAAGGCCCAUAAUUAUUAGGAACACGUGAUAUAUUUUAUUUGGCCCGAUAAAAUAAAAUAUGAUUAAAACGGACCGAGAAAUACAACUUUCGGGGCCGAUUGUACACACCGGGACGUGAUGGGAUGACCUCCCACAUAAGUGGGGUCCACCCCACGUUUUUAUGGGUGCUGAUUGAUCAAAUAAUGGGGGAGGGGAGCAGCUAAACGUGCUGGUACGCACAAGGGAGAGGGAGGAAGUCUCCUUUGAGACAAAAACCCAUGCUAGGGUCCUAUCCCACACAAAUCAUUGUGUUGGUUGAAAAGGACCUCUCCCCUACCCUCUCUUCAAUCCAUUCGGCCAGCACAAGGGAGAUAAGGUCCAGGGAAAAGGCUAUCAAAGUUCUGGAGCUGAAGAAACCAAGAGGAGAGAAGGAUCCAAGAAGAAAAGCUAGAAGAAGAGGGAGGGUUAGCCAAUCGAUAGGAGUCGAAACCGCUGGAAACCGCCACUUCAAAGGAGCUAAUCGUAGUUGCAGACCACGAAAGCCGCCCGGCUUUCGUGAAAGCCGCCCGGCUUUUGCCCAACAGUUCAGUUCUACACCUCCAAUCGGCCUAGAACGGGGAUUGAUCGAGGGGCUUGGCAAAGGCAACUAUUUCAGCACUUCAUAAG